AUGACUGAGAAGACCCGCAAGGCAAUCAUAAUGGGUGCCGGACCCGCCGGCCUCGCAGCAGCCCUACGCCUUCAACAACAAACAAACAUUACCUGCACAAUCUACGAGCUGCGGCCCCAACCCACCACACUCGGUGGCGCAAUUGGAAUCCAGCCCAACGGCUUACGCCUUCUAAGCAGACUGGGCGUCUAUGAUGCAUUUGCAGCCCACGGAUAUAGCGGCACAGACUUGACGUUGCACUCACUUCAGGGCCAUGAUGUCGGUUCCGUAGAUAUGGUAGGCUGGGCACGUGAGAAGACGGGCUUCGGGUACCUACGUAUCAAACGAACCGAUAUCGUGGAGAUACUGAAGAAGGAGGUGGAAAGAGCCGGUAUCAACAUCCAUUUUGGGAAAAGAUUGGUCAAGACCGAGAAUUUUGAAGAGGCAGGUGGAUCGGGAUCGAAAGCUGGGGUGAGGGUAACGUUUGAAGAUGGAAGUGUCGAUGAGGCUGAUAUAUUGCUUGGGUGCGAUGGGAUUCACUCGUUCGUUCGACGCUCCUACGUCGACCCGAAACAUGAGCCUGUCUACUCUGGUCUCUCGGGGCUCGGGGCUCUUAUUCCCAGUUCUGCUUUGUCGUCCAAGUCUACGGAGCUGAUUAAUGGGCUUGAGGGCACGCUAACGGAGGAGGGGAUGUUGGCGGUGAAUCCUUGUUUGCCGGGUAAGGAAGAGAUAUUUAUGUUUUUCUCAAAGUGGCUUCCGCUUCCCGAGUCUGGGGAUAGUCGGGAUGGGUGGGAGAUACAUGGGAAGGAGGAGGUGGAUGGGUUCAAGGAGCAGCUUCUCAGUACACUUGAACAUGCACAGGGAGACUGGGCCAAUGCGCUUCGAGAGUUGACGCACGCUACCUCUGCUGUGAACUUUUAUCCUGUUUAUCGGCUGCCGCUCGGCGGACGCUGGUCAAGGGGACGUUGCGUGCUUGUGGGUGAUGCUGCUCAUGCUAUGUCGCCGCAUGCUGGGCAGGGUGUUUCCAUGGCAUUGGAGGAUGUGUUUUUGCUUGCGCGGUUACUUGCGGAUCCGGAGAGAUCUAUCGAGGAGGUUUUUGAGAAGUAUGAUCACAUUCGACGACCUAGGGUGAACGAGAUCUUCCAAAUGGCUGCGGACAACGCGGAGAUGAGGAAGAAGAGCACGCCGACAGGUUUGUGGUUGAAGGAGCUGAAGUUCCAUACAAUGAUGAAUAUUGCCUGGGCUUUUGGUCUGGACAAGAAGGGGAUGAAGCAAAGACAUUUGGUGUAUGAUAUUGAUGAGGCGGAGCUGUGA